CCGCGGAGGACGGGAAUAGCUGCCACUCUUUGCUUUUGUCUCUGCUCCGACGCCCGGAAGCGCUGCCGGAAGGAGACCAAUCUCACCUCGCGGGGACAGGCGAAGGCGCGGGGGACGGUCGGACGUGCCGAGUGCUGGCGAGAUAUGAAGAGAUUUGCUGAAUGUGGAAUAUAACUUUUCAGAACCACCUUUGUUUUAUUCUUUGUUUGUUGCAACAAUGUUUGGGAGAUUGACUCUUCCACAACUGCUUUUUGCUGGAGUCCUUGGACUUGCUGGAGGAAUAUAUAUUUAUCAACCAAUAUUUGAACAAUAUUCCAGAGAGCAGAAGGAAUUAAAAGAAAAGGCGAAAUUGGCACAAGUAUCAGAGGAGAAGAAAAGUUAAUACUACCUGGAGUUGAAUUAUAACAAUUGAUUAAAGUUUUGCUGAAAUUAUACACUGACUGUAAAUAACCUAGGAAAAACUUAGGUAUUUUUUAAACACAAAUAAAUAAUGGGUAAUAAUAUUUUUAAAACUAGCACUAUGAAUUUAAUGUUUUAUUUGCCAUUUUAAAUCUUUAUCAGGAUAAAUUAGUAACUUCCUUUUAAACAAAAAUGAAUGUCUUCAGGGCAAUAUAUAAAUUGAUCUAAUCAAUGCCUCUAAUAGUUUAGUGUGAACUCUUGAGAUUUUUUCUUCCAUGAACUUAAAAAUAGCUUUGAUUAAAAUGUCUUAUAUCUGUUA